AUGAUACUGGUGUCGCUACUGACGGAGUUUCUGGAGGAGUACACGGUGUUGCUGGCCAGAGUGUUGGAGCACCUGUUCCACCAGGCGCCGCUGCCUUUUCCUCGGCGAGUUCGUUUUCUCAUCCUCAGAAAUCUACCUUUUGCUUCUCCUCCUUCCAGUCCCAGCGUCUAUUGGAUCACUGGGAGUAUAAAUUAUGUUAUUCUCUCUCUUUCUCCCAUUUUCUAUGUACUAAUCAAAGCACUUGAUACAAUUUCUCAUCUGGUUGUGGACGAAGCUUUUGACUACAAGACUAGUUUUGUCAUUCCUGGAGUUAUACGACUAGGAAAGAAUUGA